CAAACUGGGGGCGGUGAUUGGGCGACUAGGAAGAAGGUGGCUCCAGAUCCGAUGUGUCGCCAUGGAGGCGCCUGACCUGCGAGUGGAGCUAGACUCACUGCUCCUGCAGCUUCUUCGGGACCUCGAGGAGCUGGAGGGGAAGCGAGCGGUGUUGAACGCCCGGGUGGAGGAGGGCUGGCUCUCGCUGGCCAAGGCUCGCUACGCGAUGGGCGCCAAGUCGGUGGGGCCCCUACAGUAUGCUUCCCACAUGGAACCCCAGGUCUGCCUCCACACCAGUGAGACCCAGGAGGGACUCCAGAAGUUUGAGGUGGUGAGAGCUGGCAUCCACACCCCAGAGGAGGUGGGGCCUGGCGAAGCAGCCUUUCUUUCCUCAGCUCUGCGCAGGCGCAAGGGCCCUGCUAAGACCCCAGAGCCACAGUCUUCUGAGGCCCCUCAGGACCCCCUGAACUGGUUUGGAAUCCUGGUUCCUCACAGUCUGCGCCAGGCUCAAGCAAGUUUCCGGGAUGGCCUGCAGCUGGCUGCAGACAUAGCCAGCCUCCAGAACCGCAUCGACUGGGGUCGAAACCAGCUCCGGGGACUCCAAGAGAAACUCAAGAAGCUUGAGCCUGGUACUGCCUGACAUGCGUGUACAGAGGCAGGGCAGCGAGCACAGCUCUUCUCAGCUGUCACUGCUUCAUCUCUGGCCUUCUUCCUUCACAAAUAACUCUUGCCCCUACCCCAUGCCAGUUAAUGCCCCCUCCGUCCCCCUGCUUUGCAUGUUUCCAUCUUCCUUAGGUGUGGAGUUUGAAGAGGCAAACUAAUUUUGAAAGCCACUACACUUUGAAACCAUUCUGAGGCCUGGGUUCCCAUACGACACACUCACAUGGGCAGGUACACAUUAGUCAACAAUUGGAACUGCCUGUUGGAUCACUCAGCUGUGCAUUCAUGGCUGGAUGAUAGGACACUGAGAAGAGAGGUGGGGGAGGACAGGAUGUAGCACUUCCUGUUUACUACACCCUCCAAAUUGACUUUCCUGGAGGAGAAAACCAUACUCGGCGGAGAGAUGAGGGCAGUAUGACUUGAAUCAACAAAGAUACAAACGCCUGAGUAGAUGGGCAGCCCUUGGCAGGGUCUAAGCCAGAAAGUGAAAAUGACCUGGCCUAGAUUUUUAAGGAAACUAGAGGAAGAGACCUAAGUUUUUAAAAUCCUGCCUUUUUGUCUUACCAUAAGAGGCUGAGCCUCUCUUCAUUUUUUUGAAGGGCCAUUUGUGUUUUCUAUUGUGGGAACUUCAUUCAUUUUUCUACUGGGUUGUUGAUCUUUGCAAUAAUUUCUAGGAGCUGUUUAUGUUUGGUGGGGAAUUAGUCUUUUGUUCAUAUAUAUGAGAUGUAAAUCUUUUUUUUCCAGUUUAUGUUUUUGCUUAUACUGUUUUGACUUUUUAUUGUGAAAUAAAAUGUGCUACAUCAAACUGCACAAAACAGUUGAAUAGCUUAAUGAGUAACUAUGGUAAAAGCAUGCUAACCACUACCCAA